AUGCUCUUCCUCUUGAAUAUUCUGCUCGCUUCCUCUUUCAAAUCAGAAGCUGGGUGUGUGGUAGUUUAUUGGGGCCAAAACGAGCAAGAGGGCACACUCACUGACACAUGUUAUUCAGGAAAAUAUGAAAUAGUAAACAUAGCAUUUCUCUCAACCUCUGGCAAUGUCCGUAAGCCUCAAAUCAACUUAGCUGGUCACUGUGAUCCAGCGUCAAAUGGUUGCCAAAAGUUGUGCAAAGGCAUCCAAAACUGCCAAAACCGAGGCAUAAAGGUCAUGCUCUCGAUUGGGGGUGGUGCCGGUGACUACUUAUCAUCAGCUGAUGAUGCCAGGAGUGCUGCUGUCUAUCUGUGGAACAAUAUUCUAGGUGGGAGUUCAAUCUCUCGACCUCUAGGGAGUGCCGUUCUGGAUGGCAUGGACUUUGACAUUGAGAGAGAGGAACCUUACUACGCUGCACUGGCCAGGGGAUUAACCGAGCUCAGCCAAGGUGGAAAGAAAGUGUACUUAACCGCAGCCCCGCUACGUCCUUUCCCCCACCAAUGGCUCAAUGGUGCACUUCGGACAGGGCUACUUGACUAUGUCUGGGUCCAAUUUUGCAACAACCCUCUAUGCCAAUUCAGCUCCAGCAAUCCUGGAGCUUUCAAGGAUUCAUGGAACAAAUGGACCUCUUCUAUCAAAGCUGACAAGUUCUGCCUCGGGCUUCCAGCCUCUCAUGCGGCAGCUGACAGUGGUUAUGUGCCAAGUAAUGAUCUUAGAACCCAGUUGCUGCCCUUCGUCAAGGCUUCUGCCAAGUAUGGCGGAGUCAUGCUAUGGGAUAGGUGCAAUGAUAUUCAGAGUGGGUACAGUUCCAAAAUCAAAGACGUGGUCUGA